AUGGAGGGAUCAUAUCAUUCUCUUCCGACAACAGAAAUCGACAACAUGGCCCCGAAUACUUUCAGAGAUGCAACGAGAAUUCAAAUUGAAGAUGAGCGCCAGCGCAAACGAAAUACUCCCUACCAGGAGAAGCCUCUUGUUGAUGUCUCUUCAAGAACCAAGCUUCAGACAGGAGCCUUGGCCAAGAUGAUCCAGGCAACAACUGGCGUGAUGGGAAUAGACUUCCACGAUCAGUACAAAGACCUCGAAUGGACUGAUGAAAGCGGAAGUUUCAACCGUCACAAUGGUCUUCCAAAGCUCGACAGUAUGCCGCUCGCUUUUCAGCUCAAAUACGAGAGCAUUUUUAAAUAUGCCCAGUUCUUUCAACAAUGGAUAAAGCCAAUUCUCGCUGAGCUCAUCGCUACUUUUAUGCUUGUUUUCUGGGCAUGUAUGCUUCAACCAGGGAGCUCAAAUCCUGAAGGAGCUCAGUCCCCAUUGGUGUUUGCGCUUGCCGCUGGAAUCAACCUGACAAUCAUCAUUACAAUGUUCUGGGACAUUUGCAUCAUUCAAUUCAACCCAUGCAUGACAGUUGCGUUCGUUCUUGCGGGAGUCGUUCCUUUCCGACUUCUCAUUCCAAAUAUUGGAGCUCAAUUACUCGGUGGAUACUUGGCCGCUCUUUUUGCCUCAUUGAUACGUGGAGAACCACUUGGCGCAAUCCCUCUGACAGAAGCCUCAGAUCUUAAUGCAGUCUUUUGGAGUGAGUUUUUCUUUACGUUCAUGAUGGCAUUUGUUGCUCUUGCCGCGGUUCUCGAUCCGAAAUACCAACAUUCUCUAACUCCUCUCGUCAUCGGUCUUACAGUUACUCAAGGCGUCUUUGGCGGAUGGUACAUUGGCGCUGGCUGCAUGAAUCCAGCACGAGUUUUCGGACCUGCUGCUAUUUACAAUGAUUGGGACCUUCACUGGAUCUGGUGGAUCUCGGAAAUAGCCGGAGCGGUUUUUGCUGUCUUUGUGGAAAUGAUGAUUUUUGCGCCAAUUAUGAUCGAGAAAGGCAGCACCAAAUCAAACCUCCUGUGGUGGCGAUUUGCGAUGUGGUACAUGUCAGAUGGACAUAUUACUGGAAAGAUCAACAAACAUCUAUCUACUUGGCGAGCGGCUGUCUCACGACAUGAGCAUGAUGAUUAA